AUGGGACCACGUUUGUGUCAAGACGAGUUUCUUCACUCCCCAAAAGGUCAGCAAGUCCGCGAGCGAACUCGUACCUCGGAUGAGCUCUUCUUUGUAUUGAAAGGUCCACCAGUUUAUUGCGAUUACCCUAAAAUCGAGUUCUGCGAGAGUGUUCCUGCCAGCUCGAAUAAGGCUAUGAAGAUCUUCGCGGAGACACUUGCAGACCCGGCCCGAGAGGACAAGGCACUUGAGUUGUGGGAACUUCCAGUCUCGGAAGGUAAACCUCUCAAACGACCUCUCCGUGAUGGAUUGUAUCGACAAGUGUGUCAGCCUCCGGAGAGUGCGCCAUGGAACAAAGAAGACGCUGUCAAAGCCAUGCUACAUCCUCGGGUCAAAGUACUGAUUCUGAACACAUAUGGUGUCGAUCUCGACGAUGCCUUGAACGAUGCUCUAAAUGAAGCCUUAGCAUUGGCCACAAACCUUCUCGGACUCGCCGUCCAGACCGCAUCCUACUUUCAUUGGAGAAAACGUCUUACCGGUCCACUUCUCCGGAAGCUGACACACUUGUCGAUACAAUCCAUCACGGAGAG